AUGAAGGGAUGGCUCAAGUCAGAAUUCGAAAUGAAGGAUCUAGGAGAAUCAACUAAGAUCCUAGGGAUAUGUAUAAAGAGGAAUAGAGAAAAAGGAGUCCUAACCCUAACUCAAAAAGAUUACAUACAGAAAAUCAUAGAGAAGUUUGCAAUGAAAGGAUCAAAGACAACCAAACGACCUAUGACUAACCAACACUGUCUAAGCAAGGAGCAAUGCCCUAAAACACAAGCAGAAAUAGAAGAAAUGAGUAAGGUACCCUACUCAAAUGUAGUUGGCUCUAUUAUGUAUCUCAUGGUAUGUACAAGACCUGAUCUAGCUUAUUCUAUAAGUGUUCUCAGUAAGUAUAUGGAAAAUCCUGGGUUAGAGCAUUGUAGGGUAAUGAAAUGGGUAUUCAGGUACCUAUUGGGCACUACUGACAUUGGCCUAAAGUUUACUAAGUAUUCUAACAGUAAUCUAAUAGACGGUUAUAGUGAUGCUGAUUUUGCUGGGGACAGAGAUCACAGGAAGUCUACAUCAGCUUACUAUUUCCUAGUGGGAAGCAACUGUGUCAGCUGGAGAGUUCAACUACAACCUAUAGUGGCUUUAUCUACAACUGAGUUAGAAUAUGUGGCUAUUAUUGAAGCUAUAAAGGAAGCUAUUUGGAUCAAGGGUAUAAUGGAAGAGCUAAAGCUGCUAAAGGAAAUCCUUACUGUCUACUCAGAUAGCUAG